UUGAGUUUGAGAAGCAUUAAAACUAUUACUAAAUUAAGUGUUGGCAUGAACAACUCAAAGCACCUCCGUUAUUUAGACCUUUCUGACACCAGAUUUGAUCAAGUACCAGAUUCAAUUUGUAAAAUGUACAAUUUGCAAACUUUGAAAUUGUGUGGGUGCACUCAGCUUGUUGAGUUACCUCCGGAAUUGGACAAGUUGGUGAAUCUGCAUUAUCUAGACCUUUCUAAAACUAUGAUCAGCAAGUUACCCGAUUCACUCUGUAAACUGCCUAAUUUGCAAACAUUGAAAUUGCAGGCGUGUCAAUCUUUGGUUGAGUUGCCACCGGAUUUGCACAACCUUAUCAAUCUUUGUCACCUUGAUAUAAGUUGGAGUAGUAUAAGGGAGAUGCCAAACAACAUGGGAAGGUUAAAACAUCUUCAAAUAUUGACUGGUUUUUAUGUGGGAAGACACAAUUGGUCUAAUUUGAAGGAGUUAGGGAAACUCAUUUAUCUUCGAGGCAGUCUUGAGGUCUCAAAAUUAGAAAAUGUCAAUGAUCCAAUAGUUGCUAGGGAGGCCUGUAUGAAGGAUAAGAAGUACUUAUAUAAACUGGGACUGCAAUGGAGUGGAAACAAUGAGGAUUCACAGAAUGAAAGGUUCACCUUGGAAGGUCUCCAGCCUCAUGUGAACUUGAAAGAGCUCACUAUUAGAAACUAUGGUGGCACAAGAUUUCCAGAUUGGUUUGAUGCUCCUUAUUUGCCUAAUUUAGUAUCUCUUGUGUUGCGGGCAUGUAAAUAUUGUUUUUGUUUGCCAUCACUUGGGCAACUACCCUCUCUCAAGUCGGUUCAUAUUUCUAAAUUAGAGGGAAUAAAGAAGAUUGGGUUAGAGUUUUAUGGGAAUAAUAAUUUGUCAUGGGCUCCAUUCCCAUCUCUUGUAAAUUUGUUUAUUGCUGAAAUGAUGGAAUGGGAAGAAUGGAUGCAUUUUGAAGGUGAAUGCUUCCCCUGCCUUAAAGAGAUUGUUAUAAGAUAUUGUCCCAGGUUAAGAAGGUCACUUCCUCCAGACCUGCCAUGUUUAGAAAAGCUAGAGAUUGAACAAUGUGGAGAUUUGGAGCUUGAAUCAUUCCCUACCAAAGCAUUCUCUACUCCUAAACUUGAAUCCAUCCAUCUUUCUGGCUUGACCCAUCUGAAGUCACUUCAUGAAGACAUGCGUACACUCCUUCCUUAUGUCCAUUCUCUAUCACUGUUUUGCUGCCCACAGCUGCACUUGGUUCCUCAGAAAGGAUUGCCUCUGAGCAUUGUCCAAAUUUCAAUCCAUAAUUGUCCCAAACUUUUUGCUUCUCGCAUGAACUGGGGCUUGAGUAGACUUCAUUCUCUCCAAAAGUUCUCUAUUGGUGGAAGUUUUGAAAAUGUGGAGUCUUUCCCAGAAGAGGGAUUGCUGCCACCCAAUCUCAAAGUUCUUAGAUUUGAAGGGUGUUCAGAUUUGGUCAAACUAAAUAGCAGUGGCUUUCUCCCUCUCACAUCUCUUCAAUGCUUACAACUCUAUAAUUGCCCAAAUCUCCAAUGCUUGCCAGAGGAAAGUUUAUCGAGGUCCCUUUCCCAUUUAUUUAUUAAUGGGAAUUGUCCAUUUUUGAGACAACGGUACCAAAAGAAUGGACAAGAGUGGCAUAAAAUUUCGCACAUCCCUUGGCUCUGUAUUAGCUAAAACUUCGUUCCAGGAGUUCUAAAUGCUAAGCCAAAUAUAAUGGAUCUGAUCUCAUCCUCACCUAAAAUCUUGUGCGCAGAACCACAUGCUUGAAGCUUCCACCAUCCACUCACGUAUAAUAUUCUCUCUUAGCCCUCUGCAGCACCUUGUGUUGUUAAUCUUAGUCAUUGUCUUCGUCUUCCUCAGCAUCUGAUGGCAUUUCUGUAGAAAAGUUGUCAAAAGUACAGAUGAACAAUAUUGCUCUUACUUGGUGGUUAUCUACUUCAGUUUGGUCCUUCUUCAGCUCUUCAACAUGAGAGCAAGAAAGGAGGACCCAUCAUUUUCCAUCAGAGGGGUGCGAUUGCUCCUCUGUGCUCUUUCUCAUUAUUGUUAUGUAGCUUAUGGUCCCCAUCCUGUUUAGAAUUUGGUUGGUCAUAUUGCACUCUGGCAUUCAUUCUAUCUGUGAAGGAAGAUGAUAUCAUAUGGCACAAAUCAAGGUUUUUGUGAUAUCAAUUAAAUAAAUGAUCAAUUACCUUCAAAAGUUUCUCUUCUUCUAGCCUCCAGUCUGUUUCUUCAAAUGAAGCUUAGCUGAUAAACCUUUUAGUUUAAUUAUAGCUGCGAUUAAACCCUACUUCUUUUAUAUCAUACGUUUGCUUCUAUUUUAUUUUAUCUUAUUUUUGUGUUUGAAUCUGAGGUAAAACCACAUAGCUGGUCAAUCAAUGUUGGAACAGGUGAAAAACUGGCUCAUGGCACUCAAAAUAUUGAAAUUUGUGAA